AUGUUGAAAUUUGCUGUUAUCAUCACUGCUUUCUUGUCCUUUUUCUUCCAAUCUGCUUUAGCUGCUCCAAUCCAAGAUGGAUUCCGUGGUAAUGUUACUUUGUACGUCAAGUCAGACAACUCUGAAAUCGACGGUCAAUUCCUUUACACUGUUGACAAUCAAGUUGGUUUCAACAGAUUGUUCAUUGGUGACUAUGUUGAUCCAAAGAGUACUUUCUACUUGGUCAAAUCUUACAUUUACCAACAAUUGACUGGUUCUAAGACCGACUAUGCUGUCACUUACAACUCUGAAGGUUACUUGGGUGUUGCUGGUGGUUCUGAUGGUGUUACCAUUACUGACUACAACACUCAAACUGGUAAAUUCCAAUUCUCCGGUGAUCAAUUCUUGUACGCUGUCCAUGUUGUUGACAAUCCAAACGGUUAUUCCGCUAGUCAAUAUGCUAUCCAAGUUCACAACCCAAGCACCGCUCCAGAAAACUCAUACAAGGUUGAGCUUUAUGGUAAAUUGAACUGGGCUGUCUUGUAA